GAGUAUAAGGUAGUUAUGUAUUUCUAAACUAUAACUCACCUGUGUCGGCGAACUGAUACACUUAAAGACGUGACUCACAUGAUGAAGCUAACUUAUUGAGGAAACCCAAACAGUAUGGCCGAUGGACUUAGAGAUGCAAAUAAACUUGACAGCGAGUGUUUAUUUUCACCUACAUGCGGCAGGAACAUUUGUAUCGAUGGCAGUACCGCUACCUGGACUAACAAUGAUUCAGGAGGUCGUUUCUUUAUUGACAGAUCUAUUUCUUUUGACGAAGAGAUUAUUUUAACAUUCAGUGGAAAAGGUCAUGCUGAGGUUGGGAUAAUCUCCAUAGAUCCUAUAACAAUAACAAAUGUGAGUAACGUUGGAUAUAUAAAAGAACUUACUGUUAUACAGACGGCUAGAAUCUACAAGCAAAUAGGCACAACCAAAAUUAAAAGAUCCAAAGAAGGAGAUAGAAUAAUUACAGAAGCUGAAGACAGAAAGUCAAGGUCCAAAGUUGAUAAAGAACAGAGCGUCUGGGUUACUGUCAAUAUUUUAUUUGGGGAUCUUAAAGUCAAAAUAGGUUCUAAAGGCUAUAAAUUCUCGCCCAAUAAAGGAGAAAAUGUUUCAACGAAAGAUGAAUGUGCAAAUUUAAACUACCCAUAUCCAUGUGCGGUUUGCUUUGUUAUGAAUCCUAUAAAACGUGGGGAUAUUUUAUCUUUUCAAGCCGACGAUAUUAAUAAAGUCGGAGCACCAUCGAAAAAUUGUAGCUUAAAAUUAGCAAUAUCGAAAUCCAACCCAGCGGAGUUUAUGUUAAGCGCAGAUAAAUAUUGUGAUAUUACGUCACUUCCUGUUACUCAUUUCGACGAAAUUCCGGCAAAAAGUAAAAAAGAAAUUCGUUUUGAACUUACAACUGCCGGGACAGUAAAAAUCAGUUAUGAAAAAGGUACAAUUACUAAAGAGGCAGGAAUUGAACAACUUUAUUGUGUUUUUGAAUUAGGCAGGAUCCAACUACGCUGUGCACGUAAAGAUAGGCAUAAAAAUGAAGAUAUUGUUUUGCCAAAAUCGGAUGGUGCCGAACAACCAACUUCGAUCAACCAAUCAGAUGUACCUGACUCUAUAUAUAUGAAUAGUAAACGAGAACUAGACGAAAUAAGACACGAUGCUGAAGAAAUAUCGAUAUAUAGUGAUGAUUAUAAUCCAGUUUUUGAAUCCAGAAAUAUCGAAGGUGCUACUACCGAUACAGAGAACGAACCAACUACUAAGUACACUAGUGAAUCCAAAUUUACAAAAACUGAACUAGGAGCAGACAAUUACUCCCUACAUGAUAAAAUUGAAAUACUAUCUACAAGACUGGUUUUGAUAGAGGAAAAUAUAAAUAGGCCUAAUAUAGGUAUUGAAUCAACUAUGCAAUCGUCUGAAAUGCAAAUUUUAAGGUCUGAUAUCAAAGAGAUCAAAACAUUACUUACUAAGCACUCUAGCAAUGUAGACGGCGACUCAAAUGUAGCUAAUCAUCUUAACGUAACGUCGCAAACAGAAAACUCUAAACCAUUACAACAAAGAAUACGAGAACAUUUCCAAAUGCUUGUGUCAUCUUUAGAAAUUAAUCCAGUGUUAGACUGUCUCUACCAAGCUGGAAGCAUAACUGUGGAUGACAUUCAAAGGUUAAGACAAUUGUCGAAAUCGUACAUGGCAGAGGCAAACCGUGAACUGUUAUUUAUCAUAUCACGCAGACAAAAUCUUGAUUCAGAACUUUUUAAAGCAAUAUUAAUCAAAUCAAAGCAGGAUGGUGUUUUAGCUUUACUGUUUCCACAUAACUAUAACAAAAAGCAAGAAUCUAUUAAAAAUGUUGAUAGGCAGGAUGUUAUGUCCAUGCAGGCCAAGAUACCAGUUCAGGGAAGACAAAUGCAGUACGAAAGGAGUGAACGCAGUCAGGGUGACAGCUGCAGAGGGUGUGAAUACGUCAAAAAUUGGUACAUGGAUGGCAUAGUUGACAAAAGAAUACACUUUCUGAAUAAAGCAACAAUAGACCAUUUCAAACGCAAGUAG